GCCGAGCCCAGCCGCGAGGGAGCGAGCCGGGCGGCGGCGGCCGCACUCGGACCGGGGAGGCGCGCGAGCUGCCCUCGAUUCCGCGCUGAGGAGCCUAGAAAGUCUGUGCAAUGAAUGGUGAUACUCGGGCUGCAGUGGUGACCUCACCACCUCCAGCUACCGCCCCUCACAAGGAGAGGCACUUUGACAGAGUGGAUGAGAACAAUCCAGAGUACUUGCGGGAGAGGAACAUGGCACCAGACCUUCGCCAGGACUUCAAUAUGAUGGAGCAAAAGAAGAGGGUGUCCAUGAUUCUACAGAGUCCUGCUUUCUGUGAAGAACUGGAGUCGAUGAUACAAGAACAAUUUAAGAAGGGGAAGAACCCCACAGGUCUAUUGGCGUUACAGCAGAUUGCAGACUUCAUGACCACCAGUGUACCGAAUGUCUACCCAGCAGCCCCACAGGGAGGGAUGGCUGCCUUAAACAUGAGUCUUGGUAUGGUGACUCCUGUGAAUGACCUCAGAGGGUCUGACUCCAUCGCAUAUGACAAAGGAGAAAAAUUACUGCGGUGCAAGCUGGCAGCAUUUUAUAGACUGGCCGAUCUCUUCGGGUGGUCUCAGCUUAUCUACAAUCACAUCACAGCCAGAGUGAACACAGAGCAGGAACACUUCCUCAUUGUGCCUUUUGGGCUUCUCUACAGCGAAGUGGCGGCCUCCAGCUUGGUUAAGAUCAAUCUUCAAGGAGAUGUUGUGGAUCGUGGAAGCACUAACCUGGGCGUCAACCAGGCUGGCUUCACCUUGCAUUCUGCAAUCUAUGCAGCACGCCCAGACGUGAGGUGCAUCGUGCACAUUCACACACCGGCCGGGGCUGCGGUGUCCGCGAUGAAGUGUGGGCUCUUGCCCAUCUCCCCAGAGGCGCUCUCUCUUGGAGAAGUGGCUUAUCAUGACUACCACGGCAUUCUGGUAGAUGAGGAGGAAAAAGUCUUGAUUCAGAAAAAUCUCGGGCCUAAAAGCAAGGUUCUUAUUCUCCGGAAUCACGGGCUCGUGUCAGUUGGAGAGAGUGUCGAGGAGGCCUUCUAUUACAUCCAUAACCUCGUGGUCGCGUGUGAGAUCCAGGUUCGCACUCUGGCCAGUGCUGGAGGACCAGACAACUUGGUCUUGCUGGAUCCUGAGAAGUACAGGGCCAAGCCCCGUCCCCCAGAGUCUCCAGAAGGGGAUGGCACCAACUCAUCCCCCCGGUGGCUGAUUGGGGAGCAGGAAUUUGAAGCCCUCAUGCGGAUGCUUGACAAUCUGGGCUAUCGCACAGGCUACCCCUACCGGUACCCUGCUCUGAGAGAGAAGUCUAAAAAGCACAGUGAUGCCGAGGGCCCUGCCAGCGUCACAGGCUGCUCCGUCGCUAGUGACGGCGACUCGGGCACGUGCUCUCCUCUCAGACAGAGUUUUCAGAAGCAGCAGCGAGAGAAGACCCGAUGGCUGAACUCUGGCCGGGGUGAUGAAGCGUCUGAGGAAGGGCAGAGUGGAAGCAGCCCCAAGUCGAAGACUAAGUGGACUAAAGAGGAUGGACAUAGAACUUCCACCUCUGCCGUCCCUAACCUGUUUGUUCCAUUGAACACUAACCCAAAAGAGGUCCAGGAGAUGAGGAACAAGAUUCGAGAGCAGAACUUACAGGACAUUAAGACGGCUGGCCCUCAGUCCCAGGUUUUGUGUGGUGUGGUGAUGGACAGGAGCCUCGUCCAGGACGCACCCCUCUCUGACUGUACGGAAACUAUCGAAGGGCUCGAGCUCACAGAGCAGACCUUUAGUCCCGCUAGAUCUCUGUCUGUUAGAAAGGGGGAGCUGGUGACCGCCUCCAAAGCCAUCAUUGAGAAGGAGUACCAGCCUCAUGUCAUUGUGAGCACCGCGGGCCCCAACCCCUUCAACGCACUCACCGACCGUGAGCUGGAGGAGUACCGCCGCGAGGUGGAGCGCAAGCAGAAGGGCUCGGAGGAGAAUCUCAGUGAGACGAGAGAACAGAAAGACAAGAGUCUUCCAGACCAGCCCGCUGUCCCCCACACUCCCCCCAGCACCCCCGUGAAGCUUGAGGAAGAUCUCCCACAGGAGCCCGCCUGCGGGGACGACAGCGACACGGCCACCUUCAAGCCCACCCUCCCCGAUCUGUCCCCUGAUGAGCCUUCGGAAGCGCUGGGCUUCCCGGCAGCCGAGGAGGAAGCCCAGGGCCCCCCCACCCCCGCCCCCGCCGAGCCCAGCGCCGAGCCAGCCCCAGCCCCAGCCCCGGAGGCCGAGGAGGGGCCUGCGGCGGACCCGGGCAGCGACGGCUCCCCGGGCAAGUCCCCAUCCAAGAAGAAGAAGAAGUUCCGCACGCCUUCCUUCCUGAAGAAGAGCAAGAAGAAGGCCGACUGCUGAGGGGCCGCCCGCCGCCCGGCCCGGUCGCCUGGCUGCCUCUCCUGUCCCGUGCGAAGGCCAGGCCCCCUCCCCCACGCACCCACGCCUGACUCCCUGCUGUCGGCACGCGCCCGGCCCUGGCCUGCUCCUCUGCUCCUCCUGCACGCGGCCGGCCGUGCUGAAGCCUGGUCCUGGACCUGGUUCCGGCAGCGCCGCUGUGACCCCUCCUCGCUGUCGCUGUCGUGAAUGCCGUUCAUCUCCGCUUGGCUGUGUGUGGUGGCGGCACCAGCCGUGGCUUCUGCUCAGUGGUCUCCUGGGCCCCUACACCAAGUCCCAAUCCUGGGGUCACUCGUACCCACACAUGGCACGGGGCACCCCGCUGCCGUGAAGGGGUGGGUUCAGGACAGGAAGCCCCACAACACGUGGGCUGGCGUGGCCCACACGCUAUGCAUGGUCCUGCUGGUGACCCCACAACUCACACCGGACCCAGGAGCUCAGUCUGCCAGACCGGGGCCUCUGAAUCCGGGCAGGGCAGGGCAGGGCAGGGCAGGGCAGACCCUCACGUGACUCGGCAUGCUCGCCCGCCCGGUGAGCAUGUUACCCCUGUGCCUCAACAGGCCACGGUCGCGUUCUUCCCGCAGCCUGCGGCACAUGCAGCCCAAAAGGCUCUCCUAUUUGGAGAAGGGUUUGGCGCUCACCUGAAAUCUAGUCUCCCCUUCCCCGAGCCUAGAGGUACCCUGGUUUCAGUCAAAGGUGACUGGAAGGGGAAGCCAGCCCCACCCCGGGACCCCAUGCUUCUGCUGGGGACUGACGUCUCCUGGCGGUCCCCGGGACUCUCAUCCACUUGCAUUCAGGUUUGAAGCUGCUCGCCAGGGAAACCGGUUCAGAAGUGGGGGAACCUGAUGGGACCCCCACACCCCACUAGAGAGGCUCCCAUAGAGCUGAGUCUUGGGUACUGGCAUCCCACCGGCCAUGCCAGCAGGAAGGCCCCGGGCAGCCGCACAGCUGCGCUGCCAGGCGGAAUGAAGUUCUUCCUCCUGCAGGACUUCUCACCCCUCCCCUGCCCUCCCUCUACCCACAUAUGCAAUGACUUUGAUUUUCACUUUUGUAGUCUAAUUCUUUGUAUCACAACAGGGAGUUGCGUCCACGACACAGACUUGGGGACAGCUCCGCUCCUCCUCUCCUCUGUAACAUGUUUUACUCACAAAUAAAGAUCUUUAAGCAACUUC